ACAGUCAAUCAAACAUAACACAAGGAUUGGAUUGUUUCCUUUGACUACUUUAGAUUCGGAUAUUCACCAUGGUCGCUAAGUUUCUUCUUAUAGCUGCUCUCUGUGGCCUGGUUUUUACAAAUCCUCAUCAUGGUCACCAUGAUCAUCACCACCAUCCCCAUCCUUAUCACUUUGGGUAUGACAUUAAAGACCAUCAUGGAUCACAGUACAGAAAGGAGCACGGUAACGGCCAUGGUCAUGUAGAGGGAAGCUAUGGAUUCACAGACCACAGAGGAGUUCAUCGCGAAGUUCACUACGUAGCUGAUCAUCAUGGAUUCCGAGCUCAUGUCAAAACUAACGAACCAGGAACGGCUAGCCACGAUCCCGCUCAUGUUCAUUUGCACUCUAGUGCUCAUCAUUAUCACCAUGACCAUCAUGGCCAUCAUCAUCAUGGUGACCAUCAUCACGGCCAUCAUCACCACGGUCAUCAUCACCAUGGACAUCAUCAUCAUGGAUACCAUCAUCAUGGACAUCAUCAUUAAACAAUUACGAAAAAAGAUUUCUAUAAUUACGUUUAAAUGAAAACUAGGAUUCAUAGUUUCAUUUUAAAUUUUGAGUGCUGUUGUUUAAUUGUGUGUUAGAAGUAACAAAAUGCGCUUUGGGAUACCGUGGGUUUUCUUGUUAUUGUGUGAGUUGCUAAAUUAUUUCGUUUUAUCAAAAAGAAAUGAAUUGCUACUAAUUCUUGUCUCUUUUAAAUGUUUAUGGGAUUUUUUAAUGUGCUGGGGAAUUUUUUGUUCUCCCAAAAAUUUGGUUGCGAUACAGUAAUUGUAUCAAGAUCAAAUAACAUUUAUUUAUGUAUGUACAUAAUUUUUGCGAUUUACUCUGGUGUUGCAAUUUCAGUUGUCUUCUCAGAUACAUUCUGUGAUUCUGAUGUUUAGAUGCGAGCACUUUUAUGCAGAUUAUGUAAGGAUCAAUGUAUAUUUUUAUGCAGCUGACAUCUUCUUUACUAAUUUAUAAAUAUGUUUUAACUGUGUAUUUUCCGUAGUUUAAUUCUGUAUUGAACUUCUCAUUUGAAAAGGGGACAUACUUUGCUUUAUCUAAUUUUCAAUUCUUUGAUUCAUUUAACCUCUUUGGGGUAGGGCAUGACUUGAAUGGUGAAUGCUUUGGUCAACUCCUUUUUGACAACUGUUUUUGAGAAAACUUAAUAACAUUUGUAUUGCUGGUUUCAGUCUGUGAAAAUUUUUAAAAAUAUAAACUGAUGCUUUUUCUGUAUUUAUUUCAAGUAAACUUUAUUUACUUUAUGAAGUCACUAAUAUAUAACCGCAUAAAAUCUCAAGCUAUAGUUGUAUUUAUUAUUGAUGUAAGAUUUUCAGUACAAUGUGAACAUAUAAAUACCAAGCAAACAUAAAAUGCUGUAAAUCCAAACUUACUUGAUUACUAGAGAAGGUAUUAACACAUAUUUACAACGAUGUCAAAGCCGUUUAAUUGAUGUUUAAACUGUAAAUAUAUGCUAUUUAAAUGUUCCAUUUGAUGGCUUUUUCUUUCUGGAUUGUCGUCACGCGUUCCACGAUAAAUGAGCAUUUUGUAAAAUUUUGUGACGUAUUGCUUUUAAUUGCUCUUUUAACUACUUUCUAGUGUCUAUCAGUUGUAAUAAGUAAGCUAUUGUCCUAUUCUGAAAAAUGCCUGGCAGUGGUGUGCACCAGAGGGGGGGGGAGGGUGCAGUUCUCUAGAUAGUUCGUAUAUGCGGUCUAUACCAUUUUUGUCAAUGACGAUGUCGGGGUGCCCCAUAUACUUGUUACUGUAACUGCGAUAAGUAAGCACUUAGAAAAAAAAAUUCUUUUCAUUUAUCCAAAAGCAUAAUAGCUUAUAAAAAAGAUAUGCCUUUUGACUUUGCAGGAAUAUAUUGAACAUGUGUACAUACAGUACCUGUAGCACGUUUUCUUUUAUAUUCAAGGAAUGUUACUGUAGCUUCUGAAAUAUGGUUGCUAGCUUUGUCUUACUGCAAGUUUUACUAUUUGAAAGUGGUUGAAAUAAGUAAACGGGAUUUUAUAUCCGAUAUAAAACAUUUUUCUGAUAGUAGGAUGAGAUGAUUUUACCAUUUUUUUAAUUUUUAUUUCCCACUGUAAGAGUGGUCUGAAACAAUCAUAAACACAUCACAAGAAAUUUUUUACCAUUUUACAGAAGACUUAUAAAUACAUUUCGUUUUCAAUAAAAGCCGCAAGGUAUUUUUUAUUUAUCCACUGCUAGAUAGUGCUCACGCAAGUGCUAACAACAUUUAAUUUGCGCUAACCCAUAUGCCAAGACAAAAGCCGCUAAAAUUUCUCUUUUUCAAUUUUUUUUAAGAUCCAGAUUCUUUUUAAUUAUUUUGUUUAUUGUUGCUAUAGCUGUAUUUAAAGACUUCAUAAAUUAUUUUUGAAUUUUAGGAUUUUCUAUUAUCACCAAACUCACCAGCACUUUAGAAAUACUACGUUAUUUUUCAGGAAUCGUUUGGAGAUCAAGAAAAAUUAAAAUGUGAAGAUUUAAACUUAGAUUAUAGAACAAUAAGCAAAUUAAUUUUUAAUUACAGUUUGAGAAAAUUAGCCUUUAACUCCAAUUAAUAAUCUUAUCAAAGUUAUUGCUCACAAAAUCCCAUUAAUCACCUAUAUUAUUACCACCAAUGGAAUAAUCUUUUGUAAUCGCACUAAUCAAUUUCUUCCAUACAAUUUCUUUUUUUAUUUCAUAUCGAGUCUUAUGAUUGUUAUUAGACCCACAUUUUUAAAAUGUAAAAAAUUGUAGACGUGUACUCUAUUUACAUAAAAUACAUAUUCUUUAAAUGAUUUUAUUUUAGAAUUUCAUUUUAAAUUGUUCUACAAAUCAUUGCCAUCUACAGCAUUGAAACAAAGAAUAAUUAAAUUAAACCAUUUUGAUGCUUCCUAAUGUUUUAAGAUACUGAAUUAGUAUUUUUGAUGUUAUCAGUUUAUAAAUUUUGUGAAUAAACAUUCCAGCAAAGUUAAAAAAAAAAAAAAAAA